AUGGCUGAAGCAGCAGUUUCCUAUGUUGCAGAGCGGCUUAUUGAUCUUUUCCAAAGAAAAAUUGUUUUCCUGAAAAAUGUCCAACAAGAAGUUGAAGGUGUGCGAAACGAGCUCAUCCGUAUGAAGUGUUUCCUGAAAGAUGCAGAUAUGAAGCAAGAGGAAGAUAAGGACGCAAGAAUCCGCAAUUGGGUAUCUGAAAUCAGAGCAGUUGCCUACCAUGCUGAGGAUGUGAUUGAAAUAUUCAUCCACCAAGUUGAGUCCUUUGAACGACAGAGUUUCUUCAUCAAGUGUGCCUUCUAUCCUAAGAAGCUAUACUUGCUUUACAAAGUAGGGAAAGAAAUCGAAUCGAUCCAGACCAAAAUUCUUGAAAUAUCCAACAGCCGUGAAAGAUAUGGCAUCAGGCAUAUUCAAGGGCUCGGAGAUGGGGAAGGGUCAAGCACAGCACGCAAGAGGAUGCGUGAACUACGCCGCUCCUCCCCCUUGGUUGCCAAUAAGGACGCUGUUGGUCUGGAGAAGCAUGUGAAUUCUGUCGUGUCAAUCCUUCUGAAGGAGGACAAACGGCUUCAUGUUGCUUCAAUUGUUGGUAUGGGGGGCAUUGGGAAGACGACUCUUGCCAAAGAAGUUUAUAACCAAGCUCAAAUCAGAGGAAAGUUUGAUAACCGGGCAUGGGUUUAUGUAUCCCAAGAUUAUAAACCCACGAAGAUCAUCAAGGAACUCAUUCUACAACUGGCAAAUCCAGAAGAAGACAAAGUGAAGAUAGUUGAUACGAUGGACAAACUCUCAGAGGCUGCUUUGGAGGAAAUGCUCCAUAGGCGCUUGGAAAAAACAUGCUAUCUGAUUGUUCUUGAUGACAUCUGGACCACAGAAGCAUGGGAUAUUAUUGCUAGGUCAUUUCCCAACAAUGAUAAGUCAAGUAGAUUGCUACUUACCAGCCGCAGAAAGGAGGUUGCUUUGCAUGCAGAUGCCCAUACAACACCAUACGAACUUAAAGUAUUGAGUGAGGAGGAGAGCUGGGAACUCUUUAUCAAGAAAGCAUUUGCUGAGGAAAGAGAGUGUCCACAGGACUUGGUGGACGUAGGGAAAGAGAUUCUGAAAAAAUGUGAUGGCUUGCCACUGGCUAUUACUGUCAUAGGAGGCCUCUUAGCAGGGAAGAAGAAACAAAGAAGUGAGUGGCAAAGAGUACAGAGAAGCCUCAGUUCAUACCUUGUUGGAAGCCAAGCUUAUGGUGUAUCAGCUAUCUUGGCAUUGAGUUAUCAUGAAUUACCUCCCCAUUUAAAAUCUUGCUUUCUCUACUUAGGCCUUCUCCAAAAAGGCAAAGACAUCCCCGUGAAGCAACUCAUGCACAUAUGGAUUGCCCAUGGUCUUAUUCAGCAAAAGGGAGAACAAAAAUUAGAGGACAUUGCGGAGGAUUUUCUUGAUGAGCUCAUUGGGAGAAAUUUGGUUCGAGUAAACCUAGUUAAAGCAGAUGACAAAGUUAAAAGUUGCCGGCUCCAUGAUCUCCUACGAGACUUUUGUAUUAUGAAGGCAAAGGAAGAAAUUUUUCUCGAGGUCCAUCAGAAAGCAGAUGAUCUAUCUAUAUCGGUGUCUGAAUCUCGACACCAUGUCUUUCAAUGUCCACCCGACAGGUACAAAUAUUUGGGAAAUUCAAAAUCAUAUAUAAGAUCCCUUCUAUCAUUUGAUUCAUCUGCUAAGCCAGUUAACCUUGAUUGUAUUUGUACAAGUAGUUUCAAACUUCUCAAAGUGCUAUACAUAGACUCUCCUGGUUUAAAAGUUAUCUCAGAGAGUAUCGGGAAACUAUGUUCCUUGAAGUACUUAGGCAUAGGAUGGAGGACACGCAUAAAGAAGCUUCCCCGUUCGAUAAGUCGUUUGAAAAACUUAGAAACUAUAGAUAUGCCCAUGUCUAGGUAUUAUUCUGUGCUAGUUCCCAAUGUCUUGUGGAAGUUAGAGAACUUAAAGCAUCUGCUUGGUUACAUAGAAUCCCGCAGCCUAUUGAAGAUUGACCUACUCAACAAUCUCCAAACUCUAGGCAGCAUACCUGUUCAUCACUGGAUGCACAAUGAAAACCUGACAAGAAUGACUAAUCUCCAAAAAGUUGGUUUACUCAUUGAAAGUGUGGACAACCUAGACGUGGAUCGAUUAUGUGAUUCACUCGCAGAGCUUGAGAGCCUUCAAUCCUUGUGCUUGGAAGUAGAGUAUAGCUUACAAAUAUCUAUGUUUGCUGGUUUAUCUAAGUUGACUCAUGUUGUCAAGCUUAAGUUUAAGGGAAAGUUAGCCUCAAUGCCAGCUCAUCCUUGUGUAUUUCCACCGAAUCUUUGUCAGCUGACUUUGGUGGACUCCCAGCUCCAUCCAGAUUCAAUCCAAGUGUUGGAGAAGCUAACCAACUUGUCAACUCUAAAACUAGUUAAUGCUUUUGAUCUGCAAGAUUAUAGUAUAACAAUAUCGGAGAAUGGGUUUCGUGGACUCAAGUUUCUCAGGGUGGAGCAACUAAUGUUUAUGCAAGAGAUGAAGCUAGGGAAAGGUGCAAUGGCAGGACUCAAAUGCCUGCAAAUCUUCAAAUGCUACUCAUUGAGGAGGCUCCCAGAAGAGUUGAUAUCAUUGACUAACCUUGACAAGCUGGAGAUUAGAGGAAUGUCUGAAGAAUUUAUUGCUAGACUUCAACUUUCAGAUUUGUGCAAACUCCAACAUAUUCCCAACAUAGUCGUUGGAAGUACAGAUGAUGACGAAUGGAUCCAAGAAGAACUGGAGCGUGCAAGUCUCAUUAGAAAGAUCAGGACACAUGCACAGGUAAUAAGAGCAGCAGUUUUGUUCCAGGCAGCGUCAGAGAGGAGUCCAAAUGUCAAUACUGAUUGA